AUGGAUACGGGUAAUGUUGAGAUUCCAUUGCCAAACCCACCCAUCAGUGAGGAUCCACCCUCCCUAAGUGAAAUGAAGGGGGUCGAUCUCCAAGUUGAAGAGAGACCACUUGCUGAGGCACCAGGGGCCGGAGCAAUCUGGAUUCACUCCUGCUACGUCCACAAUAGAUCAUAUCCUGAUACUUCAAGUCACUAUAGAGCGCCACCCAGUAUGUCCCCCCAGUGGCUUCCCACGUGCUGUCUCACCAGUGGCUCCCCCCGUGCAGUCUCACCAGGGCUCCAUCGUGGCGGUCUCCCAGUGGACACCACCCAGGAUGUCCCCCCAUCUCACCGGUGGCUCCCCCCAGGCAGUCUCACCAGUGGCUCCCUCGAGGCGGUCUCCCCAUUGGACACCACCCAGGAUGUUCCCCCAGUGGCUCCCCUCGUGCAGUCUCACCAGUGGCUCUCUCCAGGCGGUCUCCCCAGUGGACAACACCCAGGAUGUCCCCCCAGUGGCUCUCCCCAGGCAGCGGUCUCCCCAGUAGACAACACCCAGGAUGUCCCCCAGUGCUCCUCCGUCCAGUCUCAUCACCGGCUCCCCCCAGGCAGUCUCACCAGUGGCUCCCUCGAGGCGGUCACCCCAGUGGACACCAUCCAGGAUGUCCCUCCAGUGGCUCCUCCCGUGCAGUCUCACCAGUGGGCUCUCCGUGCAGCCUCACCAUCUCACCAGUGGCUCUCUCCAGGCGAUCUCUCCACUGGACACCACCCAGAGGUCCCCCAGUGGCUCCCCCCGUGCAGUCUCACCAGAGGCUCUCUCCAGGCGAUCUCUCCAGUGGACACCACCCAGGAGGUCCCCCCAGUGGUUCCCCCCGUGCAGUCUCCCAGUGGCUCCCUCCGUGCAGUCUCACCGUGGUUUCCCCAGGCAGUUCACCAGUGGCUCCCUCCAGGCGGUCUCCCAGUAGACACCAACCAGGAUGUCCUCCCAGUGGCUCCUCCGUGCAGUUUCAUCACCGGCUCCCCCCAGGCAGUCUCACCAGUGGCUCCCUCGAGCGGUCACCCAAGUGGCAGGAUGCCCCCAGUGGCUCCCCCCAUGCAGUCUCACCAGUGGCUCCCUCCAGGCGGCCUCCCAUCCCAGUGCCCCGUGCAGUCUCACCAGUGGGCUCCCCACAUGCAGUCUCACCAGUGGCUCCCUCCGUGCAGUCUCACCGGUGGCUCCCCCCAGGCAGUCUCACCAUCUCACCGGUGGCUCCCCCCAGGCAGUCUCACCAGUGGCUCUCAGGCGGUCUCCCCAUUGACACCACCCAGUAUGUUCCCCAGUGGCUCCCCUCGUGCAGUCUCACCAGUGGCUCCCACCAGGCUUUCUCCUCAGUGGACAACACCCAGGAUGUCCCCCCAUCUCACCAGUGGCCCACCAGGCGGUCUCCCAGUGGACAACACCCAGGAUGUCCCCCCAGUGGCUCCUCCGUCCAGUCUCAUCACCGGCUCCCCCCAGGCAGUCUCACCAGUGGCUCCCUCGAGGCGGUCACCCCAGUGGACACCAUCCAGGAUGUCCCUCCAGUGGUUCCUCCCGUGCAGUCUCACAGUGGCUCCUCCCGUGCAGUCUCACCAGUGGCUCCUCCAGGCGGUCUCUCCAGUGGACACCACCAGAUGUCCCCCAGUGGCUCCCCCCGUGCAGUCUCAUCAGAGGCUCUCUCAGGCGAUCUCUCCAUCUCACCAGAGGCUCUCUCCAGGCAAUCUCUCCAGUGGACACCACCCAGGAGUCCCCCAGUCCCCCGUGCAGUCUCACCAGAGGCUCUCUCCAGGCAAUCUCUCCAGUGGACACCACCCAGGAGGUCCCCCCAGUGUUCCCCCCGUGCAGUCUCCCAGUGGCUCCCUCCGUGCAGUCUCACCGGUGGUUUCCCCCAGGCAGUCUCAUCAGUGGCUCCCUCCAGGCGGUCUCCCCAGUAGACACCACCCUGGAUGUCCUCCCAGUGGCUCCUCCGUGCAGUCUCAUCACCGGCUCCCCCCAGGCAGUCUCACCAGUGGCUCCUCGAGGCGGUCACCCAAGUGGACACCACCCAGGAUGUCCCCAGUGGCUCCCCCCAUGCAGUCUCACCAUCUCACCAGUGGCUCCUCCAGGCGUUUCUCCAGUGGACACCACCAGGAUGUCCCCCCAGUGGCUCCCCCGUGCAGUGUCUCCGUGCAGUCUCACCGGUGGCUCCCCCAGGCAGUCUCACCAGUGGCUCCCUCGAGGCGGUCUCCCAUUGGACACCACCCAGGAUGUUCCCCCAGUGGCUCCCUCGUGCAGUCUCACCAUCUCACCGGUGGCUCCCCCAGGCAGUCUCACCAGUGGCUCCCUCGAGGCGGUCUCCCCAUUGGACACCACCAGGAUGUUCCCCCAGUGGCUCCCCUCGUGCAGUCUCACCAGUGGCUCUCUCCAGGCGGUCUCCCAGUGGACAACACCAGGAUGUCCCCCAGUGGCUCCCCAGUCUCACCAGUGGCUCCACCAGGCGGUCUCCCAGUAGACAACACCAGGAUGUCCCCCAGUGGCUCCUCCGUCCAGUCUCAUCACCGGCUCCCUCCAGGCAGUCUCACCAGUGGCUCCCUCGAGGCGGUCACCCCAGUGGACACCAUCCAGGAUGUCCCUCCAGUGGCUCCUCCCGUGCAGUCUCACCAGUGGCUCCUCCCGUGCAGCCUCACCAGUGGCUCCCUCCAGGCGGUCUCUCCAGUGGACACUACCCAGGAUGUCCCCCCAGUGGCUCCCCCCGUGCAGUCUCACCAGAGGCUCUCUCCAGGCGAUCUCCAUCUCACCAGUGGCUCUCUCCAGGCGAUCUCUCCACUGGACACCACCCAGGAGGUCCCCCCAGUGGCUCCCCCCGUGCAGUCUCACCAGAGGCUCUCUCCAGGCGAUCUCUCCAGUGGACACCACCCAGGAGGUCCCCCCAGUGGUUCCCCCCGUGCAGUCUCCCCAGUGGCUCCCUCCGUGCAGUCUCACCGGUGGUUUCCCCCAGGCAGUUUCACCAGUGGCUCCCUCCAGGCGGUCUCCCCAGUAGACACCAACCAGGAUGUCCUCCCAGUGGCUCCUCCGUGCAGUUUCAUCACCGGCUCCCCCCAGGCAGUCUCACCAGUGGCUCCCUCGAGGCGGUCACCCAAGUGGACACCACCCAGGAUGUCCCCCCAUCUCACCAGUGGCUCCCUCUGUGCAGUAUCAUUAGUGGCUCCUCCUGUGCAGUCUCAGCAGUGGCUUCUCCAGUGCAGCCUCAUUAGUUGCUCCCUCGUGCAGUCUCAUUAUCUCACCAGUGGCUCCUCACAUGCAGUCUUCACCAGUGGCUCCCUCCGUGCAGUCUCACCGUGGCUCCCCCCAGGCAGUCUCACCAGUGGCCUCCGUGCAGUCUCACCACAGUCUCACCGGUGGCUCCCCCCCAGGCAGUCUCACCAGUGGCUCCUCGAGGCGGUCUCCCCAUUGGACACCACCCAGUAUGUUCCCCAGUGGCUCCCCUCGUGCAGUCUCACCAGUGGCUCCCACCAGGCUUUCUCCUCAGUGGACAACACCCAGGAUGUCCCCCCAGUGGCUCUCCCCAGUCUCACCAGUGGCUCCCACCAGGCGGUCUCCCCAGUGGACACACACCAGGAUGUCCCCCCAGUGGCUCCUCCGUCCAGUCUCAUCACCGGCUCCCCCCAGGCAGUCUCACCAGUGGCUCCCUCGAGGCGGUCACCCAAGUGGACACACCCAGGAUGUCCCCCAGUGGCUCCCCCCAUGCAGUCUCACCAUCUCACCAGUGGCUCCCUCCAGGCGGUCUCUCCAGUGGACACCACCCAGGAUGUCCCCCCAGUGGCUUCCCCCAGGCAGUCUCACCAGUGGCUCCUCCAGGGUCUCUCCCAGUAG